UACCGAUAUUUGUAUAGUGGCGUCUUAUCGAUAAAUAUGCCUAGAUAUUAUUCCAGACCAAAUUUACAAAACUAGUUGAAUAAAACGAGAGUGCGGGAAAUGGCCGGAUUACUAUUAAAAUCCAUUCAGAGAUGGAAGCCAUCCCUUCGUGUGGGCAAUUUUGCAAAUUUAGGUGGAUUAUCAUCGAAUUUAUUAAUAUCUCGUAGUACAAGCUUCUUUAAUAAAUUGCCUGCUGAAGAUAUAUGGCGCGGGGUAACAGCUGUUAGUAAUGCUGGUAAAAAGCGAGGACGUGGAAAAGGCACAGGAAAAAAAAUAGCAAAGGACCUUAAUAAAGGGCAAGCUAUUGGCAUUGGAAAAAAGACGUGUAUUUGGCCGGGCUUAAACGCUCCAAUCAUUAGAGGCAACGAACUUAUACAUCAACAAAAACAUUCUGAAAACAUUGAUAGAGAGAAAAACAUACAAAAAAUUCGUGAUUCUAUGGGAAAUUUCAAACAAAUGAAAUUAAAUCCUAUAGACCGCGGAUGGUCUGGAACCAAAAUGCCUGGUCGUAGUAUUGGGCCUCCCGACACUGUGGGGGAGGAAGAAUUCACUUCAUUCGAUACAUUUGUGCUUGAAAAUAAAAUAGUUUUUAUAAUGAAAGGAAACAUGGGAAGAAAACGAAGAUACUCGGUAUUGUCGGUGACUGGAAAUAAAAAUGGCUUGGCUGGCUUUGCUUUAGCUAAGGGUCCAGAAGUUCGAACCGCUCUUCGAAAAUCUAAAAAUCGGGCUGGGCAAAAGUUGAUGAGCAUUAACCUUUAUGAAAAUAGAACCAUAAAUCACGACUUUUAUACCGGGUUUGGAAAAACAAAAAUAUUUGUUUCAAAAAAACCUGAUGGAUAUGGAUUGGUAUGUCAUCGCGCUCUACAAACAAUAUGCAAGGCAAUAGGGAUAAGAGAUUUACAUGCAAAAAUUGAAGGUUCAACAAAUCUCCAACAUAUUGUAAAAGCGUUCUUUAUUGGACUUAUGCGCCAAAAAACGUACCAGGAUAUUGCAAAUGAAUCGUGUUUACAUAUUGUUGAAAGUCAAAUGGCUAGAAAUGGAUAUACAGAAAUAAAAGCCAGUCCUCACAUGGACCCUAAGAAUGCAGAUAACGACCGGAUAAUUGAUUUUAUGCAAUUCACUUUAGGAAAUAAAAUAGUGUUAGAAAAAAAAUCAGUUCCUCCAUUUUACGCUCAAUCAAUGGGUUAUAUUAAACAUGAAAUAAAAAAAGAGCGAUUUCGAAAUCAAGCUAACGUACGAUUACACAAACUUGUUAAUAACUACAACUAUAACUAUUCUUAGUACCAGUAUUUAUUUUUAUUUUUUAAUCUGAUCGGUUGUAUAUUAUACUAUUAAAACAUA